UUGAAGCAGCUGGUCCCGCCCCUGGUGAUGCUCCGCCGCCUCUGAUGGGAAAUGCUCGACAGUUGGAGCCCGGCCUGUACCGGGAAAACAUCGGGGCGGCCAGCGGCCCUGGGGACUGCGGAGAGCGUCUCAGCGCUGGUCCCCUGCCCGGGCUGCUGACAUCAACGUCUCCAGGUACAGCCGGAGCCAUCGGGUUCAUGCCUGGGGGAUACGGGCAGCGGACCGGAGCCAGAGAGGAGGCAGGGCCGGUGGGGCGGUAGCCGCAGGGCAGGAUGCCACCUGGAGUUUACUGCCCAGUGGACUUCUGGGCCAAAGAGGAGAAGCAGAACAUUUCAGUGGACUUCCUGCUGCCGACGGGCAUCUACCUCAACUUUCCUGUGCCAUGCAGCGCCAGCCUAGGGAAUAUCAAGAAGUUACUAUGGCAACGGGCGCAGCAGGAACCCCUCUUCCACACGCUUGGCUCCCCCACAUCCUACGUCUUCACCUGCAUCAACCAGACGGCUGAGCAGCAAGAGCUGGAGGAUGAGCAGAGGCGGCUGUGUGACAUUCAGCCCUUCCUACCAGUCCUGCGGCUCGUGGCCAGGGAGGGCGACCGGGCGGAGAAGUCUCUAAACUCCCAGAUCAGCCUGCUCAUCGGCAAAGGUCUCCACGAUUUCGACUCUCUAAAUGACCCAGAAGUGAAUGAUUUUCGCAGCAAAAUGCGCCAGUUCUGCGAGGAGACGACCGUGCGGCGAGAGCACAUGAAGUGGGAGAGCUGGAUGGAGUCCAACUUUCCUCUCCAGCUGGAGCAUUCCUCCAAAGUCUUCACCAAGUCCCCCCAGACCACCAAGACCCUCAUGAUCAACAUCAAGUUCCAGAGCAGCGAGGAGAGCUUCACACUGCAGAUGUCUCCUAGAGAGUUUCCCAUAUCGGUGGUCCGCAUGGCUCUACGGAAGAAGUCAAACGUGUCCGGUCAGCCGUGUCCCGGGCGCCCUGAGGAGUACACCCUGCAGAUUAAUGGCUUGCUGGAGUACAUCUAUGGCAAGUACCCUCUGUGUCAGUUCAAAUACAUCAACCAAUGUAUUAAAACGAACUGCACCGCUCACCUCACCCUCGUCAGCACCAUCUCCACGUUACCCAACCAGCAAGGAGACCCCACAAUACUAAGCUCCAAAAUACGACACAAACCCCCACCACCACUACCUACUAAGAAGCCUCAUCAGUGUUCUCUGUGGAAACUGGAGAAGCCAUUUUGUCUGCAGCUCCUGUACGCCUAUAACGUGAAUGCAGAUGAAAACCUGAAGACUAUACAUAGUAACAUUUCUAAUGAUACCCCCGUGACAAACAGCAGGCGUCUUCUCUCUCCCCCUCUGCAGCGACAGCAGCUCCAGGAGAUCGUGGAGAGGAAAGGCCAAGCCGAGCUGUACGAGCACGAGAAGGAGCUGGUGUGGAAACUGCGUCAUGAGAUUAAAGACCAUUACCCAGAGGCCCUCCCCAAAUUGCUGGUGACCACCAAGUGGAACAAACACGAGGAUGUGGCGCAGAUGGUGUAUUUGCUGCAGAAAUGGCCGGACCUGCCGGUCCUCACCGCCUUGGAGCUACUAGACUUCAACUUCCCCGAUCGAUACGUGGGAGCCUUCACAAUGGGUUGCCUGACAAAAUUAACGAACGAAGAGCUUCGUCAGUACCUCCUGCAGCUGGUGCAGGUUCUCAAGUAUGAAUCCUACCUGGACUGUGAGCUGACCACGUUCCUCUUGGAACGGGCCCUGGUCCACCGCAAGAUUGGACACUUCUUGUUCUGGCACCUUCGGUCGGAGAUGCACGUUCCGGCUGUGGCCUUGAGGUUUGGGCUCAUUCUGGAAGCCUAUUGCCGGGGGAGCACCUACCAUAUGAGGGUACUUAUGAAGCAGGGAGACGCUCUGUCCAAGCUUAAGGGUCUCAAUGACUUUGUGAGGUCCAGUGUCCAGAAGACCAGCAAGGCCCAGGCCAAAGAGGCGAUGCACAUGUGUAUGCGGCAGGACACCUACCUGGAGCCCCUGUCUCACCUCUACUCUCCUCUGGACCCGAACCUCAUUCUCACAGAUGUCUGUGUGGAGCUUUGCACUUUUAUGGAGUCCAAGAUGAAGCCGCUGUGGAUCGUGUACAAUAACGAGCUGUCUGGCGGGAGCAGAGUCGGCAUCAUCUUUAAGAACGGCGACGACCUGCGGCAGGACAUGCUGACGCUACAGAUGAUUAAGCUGAUGGAUGUUCUGUGGAAGAAGGAAGGCCUGGACCUCAGGGUGACCCCGUAUGGCUGCUUAUCAACAGGGGAUAAGACUGGUCUUAUCGAGGUCGUCAUGCAUUCUGACACCAUCGCCAACAUCCAACGGAACAAAAGCAACAUGGCGGCUACCGCGGCCUUCAAUAAAGACGCCCUGCUGAACUGGUUAAAGAGCAAGAAUCCUGGGGAGGCUCUGGAGCGCGCUAUUGAGGAGUUCACGCUGUCCUGCGCUGGCUACUGUGUAGCGACAUACGUCCUGGGCAUCGGAGAUCGUCACAGCGACAACAUCAUGAUUCGGGAAACCGGACAGCUGUUCCACAUAGAUUUUGGUCACUUCCUCGGUAAUUUUAAGACUAAGUUUGGCUUCAACCGAGAACGCGUUCCCUUCAUCCUGACGUAUGACUUUGUGCACGUUAUCCAGCAGGGGAAGACCAACAACAGCGAGAAAUUCGAGAGGUUUCGGGACUACUGUGAAAAAGCCUACACGAUCCUGCGGUGCCACGGUUCCCUCUUCCUUAACUUGUUUGCACUGAUGAAAGCGGCAGGUCUGCCGGAACUCACCUGUUCCAAGGAUAUCCAAUAUCUCAAGGAUUCCUUAGCCCUUGGGAAAAGCGACGAGGAUGCGUUGAAGCAAUUCCGGGUGAAGUUUAACGAGGCGUUACGCGAGAGCUGGAAGACCAAAGUGAACUGGUUUGCGCACACUGUGUCUAAAGACAACCGGCAGUGAGCGGAGACCGCUCGAAUUCCCAUGUACAGCGCCGGGCACAACUGGGCUCGUUCCAAGCCAUCUCUAAACGUUCCUGGUCUAACACUGUUGCUGGGACUGUCUGCUUACGUCGUAGGUUUGCCGACACAAAGGUCCUGUCUGACGGAUGCAGAUCAAUACAUAAUGACAUCACAGUGGGCUUGCAAGGAACGAUUGGAAUGCUGUGCAAUCUAGGGGCCCCUGAUCCCUGGGGCCGCUGUGUCCUCCACAAGCUUCCAGCUGUCCUGGCAUGUGAGCGUCGCCUUUUCUACCAUCAGCCCGAUUCUCUGAUUCCGUCGGCAUGUCGCCAUCUGUGCUGUGGUGGAGAACUGAUGACUCUGUAAAUUAUGUAUGAUGGGAGUUGUAGUCCGCCGGCAUUUUGCGUCCUGUCACACCGUUGUGAAGGCGCACUCCUACGUCACAGACGAGGUGGGGAGACCUCGCGCUGGGUGAUGGAUGGCUCCAGUGUCCCAGUCUGCCGGGACCUUGGCGCUGGGGCGGUUUCAUUCCAAGCUUGUUGCACUGGGAGCGGAGUCUGAAGCCCAUAUAUACGGCAGAUCUUGCACUGACCUAUUCUCACAGACGCCCGGUCGUUUCCCACAAGCUCUGGACACGCCAAAGCCCUUUAUGAAGCAUCGUUGCAAUAAAACAAUUCCCCUUGUAAUUAUGUUAAUAAAUGUUCACUGUUAGUGUUUGGAAAGACAGAA